CCACAAGCACGUGAUCCACUUCAUAUCCCCCAGACUCUCUCUUAUUCCAAGCGGACUUCAUAGCUUUGCAAAAAAAAAACACCAAAAAGUUAAAAAAAAAAAUGUCACUGAAACUUCUUCUCUUCUCCCUCCUCCUCCUCCAUGUCUCCGCCGUACUCUCAUCACCGGAGCCGAACUACUUCAACUCACUACUCCCAUCCGACGCAGUCGCCUUACUCUCCUUCAAAUCCACCGCCGAUCUCGACAACAAGCUCCUCUACUCCCUCACCGAGCGUUACGACUACUGUCAAUGGCGCGGCGUCAAAUGCGCACAAGGCCGCGUCGUCCGCCUCGUCCUCUCCGGCGUCGGCCUCCGCGGCUACUUCUCCUCCGCCACUCUCGGCCGCCUCGACCAGCUCCGAGUCCUGAGUCUCGAGAAUAACUCCCUCUUCGGCCCGAUCCCUGAUCUCUCCUCUCUCGUUAACCUAAAAUCUCUCUUCCUUAGCCGGAACGAGUUCGCCGGAGCUUUCCCUCCUUCGAUUCUCUUUCUCCACCGGUUAAUGAUUCUCUCUCUCUCUUAUAACAACUUCACCGGUCAGAUUCCGUUGGAGUUAACCGCUCUCGACCGGUUAACUUCAUUAAAUCUAGAGUCUAACCGUUUUAACGGAACGCUCCCGUCUCUUAACCAGUCGUUUCUAACGUCCUUUAACGUUUCCGGUAACAACUUAACGGGAGUUAUACCAACGACUUUAUCCCGAUUCGAUGCGUCGUCGUUUAAGUCCAACCCGGGACUAUGCGGGGAGAUAAUCAACAGAGCUUGUCCUACACGCUCUCCCUUCUUCGGUUCAACUAACAAAACGACGUCGUCGUCGCAGCCUCCUUUAGGACAAAGCGCGCAGGCGCAGAACGGAGGAGCGGUUGUUAUCUCUCCCGUUGUUUCGCAUAAGAAAGGUAAAGAGAAUGGGCUUGUAUUGGGCUUCACAGUGGGCCUCGCGUCGCUCAUCGUCCUCGGUCUCUGCCUCGUCGUGUUCUCGUUAGUGAUUAAGAAACAUAAUAACGAUAACGAGAUUUACGAACCAACAAGUCAAAAGGAAAACGCCUCUUCCUCCUCCCAACAACAACAACAACAGACUCAAAUUCCACGAACAGUUCCUAUUUUGGAAACCCAUAAUAAACCCGAAUCUAACAAGAAACUUCAGCUCCGCUCCACAGAGCAGCAAAGCAGAGUUCCAAACAGCGGGAAUCUAAUCUUCUGCGGAGAGUCGAGUAGUCAAGGGCUGUUGUACACUCUCGAGCAGCUGAUGAGAGCCUCCGCGGAGCUUCUAGGAAGAGGUUCCGUAGGGAUUACGUAUAAGGCGGUGUUUGAUAAUCAGCUUAUCGUGACGGUGAAGAGGCUAGACGCGGCGAAAACGGCGGUGACGAGUGAGGAGGCGUUUGAGAAUCAUAUGGAGAUUGUUGGUGGACUUAGACAUCAGAAUCUUGUUCCCAUUAGGGCUUAUUUUCAGUCUAAUGGAGAGAGACUCAUCAUCUUUGAUUAUCAACCUAAUGGUAGCCUCUUCAAUCUCAUUCACGGUUCUAGAUCCUCAAGAGCAAAGCCAUUACAUUGGACAUCAUGUUUAAAGAUUGCAGAAGAUGUAGCUCAAGGCUUAUACUACAUUCACCAAACAUCAUCAGCACUAGUCCAUGGAAACCUUAAAUCAACUAACAUCCUCCUCGGACAUGACUUCGAAGCUUGUUUAACUGAUUACUGCCUCAGUGUCUUAACAGACUCUUCUUCAUCUAACGAUGAUGAUCCUGACUCUUCCUCUUACAAAGCUCCUGAGAUCAGAAAAUCAUCUCGCAGACCAACUUCCAAAUGCGACGUGUAUUCGUUUGGUGUCUUGAUCUUUGAGCUUUUGACUGGUAAGAACGCAUCUAGGCAUCCCUUUAUGGCGCCUCAUGAUAUGCUUGAUUGGGUUAGAGCAAUGAGAGAAGAGGAGGAAGGAGCAGAGGAUAAUAGGCUUGGGAUGAUGACUGAAACAGCUUGUCUUUGCCGUGUGACAUCUCCGGAGCAAAGACCAACGAUGAGACAAGUGAUCAAGAUGAUUCAGGAGAUUAAGGAGAGUGUUAUGGGCGAAGAGAACGAUCCUUUCCAGUGAAACGAAACUCGUAGAGCUUCCUCCGACCAGUUUUCCCAAGUGAGGGGGGUAAAUUUAGUCAAAAAGAGAAUAUUAGAUGGCGUAGAUUGUAAUUUUCUUAGGAUGUGGGGUCGGAGUUGUAACAACGUUGAAGAAGUUUGAGUAGCAAAAGUCAAGGAAAGAUGCUUUUUUGGUUUUUCCACAUAUAUGAUAUGAACCGUUGAUAUUUUUUUUACCAGAUAAAUAAUUGUGAGUUUAAGC